AAUUGCGUUGUCUUUGGCUCGAUCUUUAGAGGAAGACCCACAAACAUCGUAGAAACGACUACUGGAUUUCAUUUUGCUGGAUUUUCAGAAGACAAAUUUGAAAAAUCUCAAAAUAGUCUGAACUUUUGUAUUCAAUUUAGAAGUCCCAAUCUCAUAAUACACUAAUAUGUCCAGAAGAUACGACUCCAGAACAACCAUUUUCUCGCCUGAGGGCAGAUUGUACCAAGUGGAAUAUGCGCAAGAGGCAAUUUCCAUGGCUGGGACUGCCAUUGGUAUCUUGUCUACUGAAGGAGUGGUGUUGGCCUGUGAGAAAAAAGUCACAUCCAAGUUGUUGGAUAACGAUGGUUCGGCAGAAAAGUUAUACGUCAUCAACGACAACAUGAUAUGUGCUGUAGCUGGGAUGACUGCUGAUGCCUCUAUCUUGGUGAACAACGCCCGUGUCAAUGCGCAGAGCUACUUGAAAACUUACAACGAAGAGAUUCCUUGUGAAAUCUUGAUCAAACGAGUCUGUGACAUCAAGCAGGGAUACACACAACACGGUGGUUUAAGACCGUUUGGUGUAAGUUUUUUGUAUGCGGGAUAUGACGACCGCUAUCAGUUCCAGUUGUUCACGUCGAAUCCUUCAGGAAACUACUCAGGCUGGAAGGCUACCAGCAUUGGAGCCAACAACUCUGCAGCCCAGACGUUGUUGAAAAAGGACUACAAGGACGACUUGUCGUUGAAGGAAGCCUGUGAAUUGGCCAUCAAGGUCUUGUCGAAGACCAUGGACUCGUCCAACUUGAACAGCGAAAAGUUGGAGUUUGCUACCUUGAGCUUGUCUAAAAUUAAUCCCGGUCAGGUGAUCCAUAAGAUCUGGAAGGAUUCUGAUAUAGACUCGUUGAUCAAGGAGUCAGGUGUUUUGGACGACAAAAAUACCGACGACGACUAGAUACAUACGAAUAAACUAACAAAGGAAUAAAGUAGAAAUAUGUU